CGAAGGUGUUGGUGAUACUUCUGAGCAGGCGCUACCAUCAGGUCGAAGUUUGGGGUGUUUGGCCUCUUCAACCUUUAUUCAGAGAGACAGCGUCGAGGUUUAGGGGAAAGGGUGGAGAAUGAAAGAGGAACUCCAGCAGUGAAGGACCUCAGCUUUUUGUCGAGUGAACCUGAAGGCAUCUCAAGGUUAAUUGAGCUGAGCCGCUGCAGUCGGCCAAUUCUUCACGUCCUCCUGGAAAUAAAAGUAAGAGCCUCUCCGGUGGGCUGGAGGCCAGAACUGGACUGAACCAGCCAACAGAAACCAGAUCUGGAGCCAAAGUUUGACAAAACACACUGAACCAGGCGGCAGAUGUCAGAGAGCUCGCACUGCAGUUACAGCUGUGUGAACCUCGUAUCAUAUGUAUCAUAUAUUCACUUUGACAAAUAUUUGAUUUUUGAUACCUGCACGUUGUGUCACUUCACCUGACACAGUAUCAUUUCAAGUACAACACCAGCCAUGAUGGGCACUGUGUGUAUUUAUACUGCCAGCCUCAUCAUCUUGGGUUUUCACUGAGGUUCAUUUAUGUAUCAUUGUAACAGCAACAAAGCUGAGUUUUAGUCCCUUUAUGCAACAUGAGAGAAACAACAACAGCAAACAAACUAUUUUAUUCUUAAACAUGUAAUAAAGUUUAUCAAAGGAGCUACUGGCUGCAGCAUCUGUGUGCUGCUGUUGCCAUGGCAGCAAAGUUCAACAGUACAGUGUGAUUAUUAUUUCAGUCGGUCUCUCCAGAAACCUCACAGAUGUCACUGACGAGCUGUUGAUGUAAUCAGCUCUCACACCUUCACAGCUCGGAUCCAUCGUAAAUCUCCAUCUUUGAUUCACGUCACACCUUCAUGUUCAGAUGGGGCUGGUUGUUCUGAGAGAGAAAAGGUCCUGACGGCAGUGCAGAAACACAGGCAGCUCCGUGGACAGCAGGAUGCAGUUACAGCAACUCUCCACUGAGGGGCGCCAGAGACACACACAUCACAGUCAGUGUGCAGCUGUAGGUACACAGUCACUAUCACUGAGUCAUUGAUGUGUAACUAUUAUUUUAAUAGUUUGAUAUAACUUAGUAAAAGUGCAAUAUGAAAAAGUGCCCCUGUGAAAUGUAGUGAAGAGUAAAAUAAAAUGUACAAUUCAAGUAAAGUACAAGUACAUUAUUUACAGUAUGAACUGUUUCAUGUGGCCUGUUCUUUAUUUCAUAUUAAUAUAUUUACAUUACAUAAACAGAUGUAAACGUGUAUAAGUUAUUUUCAUUAACUGGUUAUUGAUUAAUUUUCUCUGCUGCUCAUUUAAACUCUUUUUGUUUCACUUUGCUGCCAAACAUUACAUAAUGACACGACUCCUCUCUCUGAUUGGCUGAGCGCCCUGUCAAUCUACGCAGCAGCGUCCAAUGAGAGCGCGCGGCAGGCGAUACAAACUGGCAGCCGCCAUGUUGUGUCUCCGGGGGCCUGGAGCGACGUCCGGUAGUAAACAGUAGAUGACGUUACCGCCCGCUCGGCACUUCACGGGAAACGGACCGCAGCUGGAAGCCAUGAGCCGUCCGUCCUCAGCCGGAGCCGGAGGUGGAGGACUCGGGGCCGGGAAAGCAGGCGGAGGGAAGCACGGGGGGUCGGGAGGCGCCGCCGCCGCCGCCGCAGCAGCAGCCGCCGCCGCGGCCGCAGCAGCGGCAGCAGCCGCCGGUGUGGGCGCUGUGGCCGGGUCGGGGUCUGCUCCCCCUUCCUCCGCUGUGUCCCUGACCUCAGCCGGUCUCCCCGGUCAGUCCCCGGAGCUCACGGCGCUGUUCGAGUGCCCGGUAUGCUUCGACUACGUCCUGCCGCCCAUCCUGCAGUGUCAGGCGGGUCACCUGGUCUGCAACCCGUGCCGCCAGAAGCUGAGCUGCUGUCCGACCUGCCGAGGCCCGCUCACCCCGAGCAUCCGGAACCUGGCCAUGGAGAAGGUGGCGUCCACGCUGCCCUUCCCCUGCAAGUACUCGUCGGCCGGCUGUCUGCUGACUCUUCACCACAGCGAGAAGCCGGAUCACGAGGAGGUGUGUGAGUUCCGGCCGUACACCUGUCCGUGUCCCGGAGCCACCUGCAAGUGGCACGGCUCGCUGGAGGCCGUCAUGCCUCACCUGAUGCACGCACACAAGUCCAUCACCACGCUGCAGGGGGAGGACAUCGUCUUCCUGGCGACGGACAUCAACCUGCCGGGCGCCGUCGACUGGGUGAUGAUGCAGUCGUGCUUCAGCCACCACUUCAUGUUGGUCCUGGAGAAGCAGGAGAAGUACGAAGGCCACCAGCAGUUCUUCGCCGUCGUGCUGCUCAUCGGCACUCGCAAGCAGGCCGAGAACUUCGCCUACCGCCUGGAGCUCAACGGCAACCGGCGGCGGCUCACCUGGGAGGCCACGCCGCGCUCCAUCCACGACGGGGUGGCGGCCGCCAUCAUGAACAGCGACUGCCUGGUGUUCGACACCUCCAUCGCACAUCUGUUCGCAGACAAUGGCAACCUGGGGAUCAACGUCACCAUCUCCAUGUGCUGAGGGAGCACACAUCACAACAGGGACACGUGCAGGACCAGUUCUGGAGGUGUCGGGUUCACCUUCGGUCUCGGUCCGUGGAGUUGGUGGUACCGCCGGCUGAGCAGCUGGUGUCGUUUGUGAGGAACAAACAGAACAUUAGGAGACGUUUUAAACGCUGAGAGAAAACUUCUCAAAUGACUCGCCAGCAGCGACAGAGCGGCAGCAGCGCCCUGAUGAAUUAUGGGUCGUCCUUCUGUCCCUUGAUUGGACGCUGGAGGACAAGUGGAAGAAAUCUCCACCAGUGACGAGCAUCGGGCUUCUGUCGCUCUUGAAUCGAGCGACCGAGCGGUCCUGAUCUUCUUCUCCAGAGCAGAAACCAACAGAUUCUUCAGACUCUACAUGUUCACAGUAUUCUGUUGUGGAGCUUCAGUCUCAGGGUCGAGUCCACAGCGUUCACCAGCACAACAGGUCCGAACAAACCGCCACUGUUCAGGUUUUCAUUUGAGCUGUAUGAGCAAAGUCCCGCCCACUUAGUGACCAUUGCUACGACGGACGAGCUUGGAAAGAAGAAACACUGAGACACGAUGAAAGGACGCGACAACGAUGACUGACUGACGUCCAUCUGACCUUUUCUAAGUGUUUCUGUUGUUACUACAGAAGGAAAGAGGAAACGAACCUGUCAGACGUUAUGCUAACGAGAGCUAACGAGAGCUAACGUGUGUGUCUUUGCUGAUGGUGUUGAGGUCUCACACAGUCUGAUCCACUUGUGACAAACAAAAAUAACAGAGGCAGAAUAAUUAUCAGUUUAACUUUUAAAGUUUAUCAACUGAGAUGACGUCACUGUGCUGACAGUCAGCUUCACCAGGAAGUUAAUGACUGUAGAUUAUUAAAGCUUCUUCUUCUGCAAAAACCAGAAACAGGUUUCAUGUUUGUCUGGCAGGUUUAAUUUCACUCUGUAAAGUGUCUCUGUCCUCUAAUCAAAGGGUUUUGGAUCAUAAUUGUUAUUGUUUGUGUUUUCAUGACUUUUGUCCAAUUUAUGAUUAAGACAUUGUAAUGUCUCAGUCUCAGAGGUCCUUGUUGUAUCCAUGAAGGCUGCAGGUGAUUCUGUUAUUCUUCAGUAAGUUCAGUCAUGUUUUCCAGCGGCAGUUGAAUCCAACCUGCAGGCUGGAAAUGUCUCGACCCGUCAGCCAGAUGUUUCUACAGAACCGCUCAGUGACGUCUCACGACUGUGAUCGACCUCACGGGACUCGACUGCUGCUUGCUAAAGGCUGCUGGCAGUUUGAGUAAAGCAGAAUAAUAUGAACUCUUCAGUGACUCUGCUUUAAUGAACGAGCACUGGAGCUGAGUGGAAGGGCGCUAGUUCAAAUCCCUGCAGCAGUACGAAGACUGACGGCAUCCAGCCGUGUUGUGACUGCUCUUGGGUUCACUGUCAGCUCGUCUCUCACAUUUCGGAUGUCGGCGUUCGACCUCUGUGGGAACCGACUGAGCGGUGAAAUCCAGUUAAUCCUCAGACCGUUUUUAAUCUCAGAUAAAAGCAGUGAAAUGGAGGAACAAUCCUCCUGUCCCUCUUCCUGCAGUCUGUCUCGCCGCCAGCGCCUUACUUUUCUACCGCCAACCUCGUCCUCUUCCUGUCCGAGCUCUUUCUGAGGGAGUCGUGGUGCUGAUGAGCUUCAGCUGACACCUUCAGGGAAACACAACCGAGGCUGUUUAUCAGAACUGAGAAAAGAAACGUAUUUUAAAAAAGCCGUUUGCUUGUUUAAAGCCACAGUGACACGAUGGACGGUUAUUAUAAUUAUUAAAAGCUAAUGAGGGAUUGUGGGUAAAAAACAAAAGAAGAUUUUCCAACAUUCCUCGUCUUCAAACCUUUGUAGCAACUGACCAGGAAGAGACCUCACAGAUACCUCGACCGCAGACUCGUCUGUACUGAACCGUAAACCCUCAGACCUCCGCGGCGUUUCCUCUGUGUUUGCUCAGCCAGAAAAGUUUGUCUUCACUGUUACAGAAAAGUUAAUGGUUUGACGUGGAGCCAUUUAAUCUGAUCAUUCUGAGAACUUUUCUGUAGUUGAUGUGAAGAAAAGACUUGUGGGAAAGAAUAUUACAUUUCUCCAACAUUUGGCUGGAAGAAAAAAAAACUGUCAACAGUAUGGGAAGCUAUGCUAACAUAAGCUACCAAAUGAAUUGUCCAUAAAAGUUGAGCUAAUGUUAACUGACAAACUAAUCAGUUUAUUUCUCACAUGUAUAGAUUAUAUGGUGUGAUGUCGAUCCCUAAUCGGGCAUCUGUUGCCUAUUAGCUAGCUAAUUAAUUAACAUCUAGGCUGACUUACCUGUUUGAUAACGUUGAUUUGUGUGGCAGUAUAACUAAACAUAAGAUAACUAUCUGACAUUUUGGCUACAAUACAGUCGCUUGCUAGACGAUGUUUGUUUUCUAGCUCCCUAAUUAUCAUCUUAACUAACAUAAAUCAGCUAGCGAACAAUGUUUAUAAGAUUUUGAGCAAGCAAAUUAAUAUUUUGGUCACAGUAGCUUGCUAAAUAACAUAUUUCUUUAGCUUACUACCGAACAUCUUAGCUAAAAUACAUUAGCUUGCUAGAUGACUUGUUUCUAGCUAGCUAACAUCCUCAUUAUGUUACAUUUGCUAGCUAGAAAAUGUUUGAUCUCUAGUUAACGAAUGAACUUCUUAAGCUAAUGUAUCUUAGCCAAGAUGCUAAUUAGUUGGCUAGCCGGUUACGACAACUGUCACAGUUCAACUUCGGGUGACAAAAACAAGCUAACUACCUAAAAUCAUGGCUAACAUAUAGUAGCUUGCUAGAUGAUGUUUGUUUUGUAGCGAGCCAGUUGACAUUUUGGUUACAAUGGGUUGCUAGAUAACAUAUUUCUGUAGCUAACUACGUAGCAUCUUGGCUAACAUAUGGUAGCUUGUUAGGUAACAUUUGUUUUUUGUUUGUUUUGUUUUUUUAAGCUAGAAAACAAGCUAAUGUAUCUUAGUCACAAUGUUAAUUAACAGAAUAAUAAUGAAAACUUCACAUGACAAACAUCUAAUUUAUCAUCAGUUUGUGUUUUUAUUGGUAUUUUUUACUGUGGUUUAAUACUAAUGUUGUAAACUGUUAGUGACCAUUAAAUCAUAAUUGUUGGAUGCAUCAGAACCUUUUAUAUCAACAUUAAUGAAAUCAUUAUCAGGGUGCUGACUCUGGUGGGAUCCAGCGUUCAGAUGUUAAAUUUGUCUCUUUGUUUGAGCGCUGAAUAACGAACACAGAGGGAACGCUGCUCUCUGAUCAUCACUUCCACUUUAAAACCCGCUGACUUUCUAUGAAAUGUUUGAAAAUAUUGUAAAUGAAGUUAUAAUGACAAUAUAUUUUCUAAAAACGAAAGACUGCUCUGCGUUUAUUCCUCGUGCUCAGUUCGACAUGUGUUUGUGUUGCAGUUUGUUUCGGCUGUACAGAUUCAGGACGUUAUUUUCUAAACUGUUCCUGAUGUUUGUUGCGGAUCCUCUUUUGUUAUACAAGUACUUUGGCUCUAUUCAAGCUACAAGACGCCUGCGGACAUAAAAACUACGACUCCCAGGGUGCAUUUCAGCAGCAAACAUCCAGCCACAGAGCUCCAGAUUAUGUUAAAUGUGCUUCAGACAGUAACCUGAAGCUAAAAAUCACACUUUGUAGAAGCCACAUUAAAUAUUCAACAGUUUGGAUCCUUUUGAGAUUAAUUUAGUAAGAGUGUCUCCAUAGCAACAGCAGCUGAGGCUCAUGGGUAUUGUAUGUAAAGAUGUCCACCAGUUCAGCAGCAGCAGCAGCAGCAGCACGACAGCAACAAAAUCAAAUCCACUGAAAACUAUUAAAGUAAAAUGAGCGACCGGCGUCGUCUGUGAUAUGAGGACGUUGUUCUGAUUGGACCUUUGUUUGUUCUGUUCUGCCAUGUUUCUGUAAUAAAUGGGUGCAGUUUGA